GGAGAUGCGGCUGCUGGCGCUGGCGGCGGCCGCCUUGCUGGCGCGGGCUCCGGCCCCGGACGUCUGUGGGGCCCUCAACGUGACCGUGUCCCCGGGGCCCGUGGCUGACUACCUGGAGGGCGAGAACGCCACUCUCGUCUGCCACGUCUCCCAGAAGAGGUGGGGGAACAGCUUGCUGGCCGUGCGCUGGUUUUUUGGGCGCCCCAACUCCAAGGUGACCUUGAUGGUGCGGAGGAGCAAGCACGGGGCCGUGAGGUACUAUGGGAGGUUCCACAACAGCUCCUACCAGCAGCGGCUGCGCCUCCGGGAGCAGAAGCGAGGGCGGCUCCACAAUUACACGCUCUCUGUUCUGAGCCUCCGGCCGGCGGACCAAGGGCAUUACGUCUGCAAAGUCCAGGAAAUCAUCCAGCAGAGGAACAGGUGGACGAUCUUGUCCAACAGCUCCUCAGAGACGGAACUGAGAGUGAUUCCCCUCAAAGCUGCUGAAGACGCAUCCUUUGAGAAGACGGGGACGUGGGCAUUUUUUGCAGACCUCUACGUGUGCGCCGUGCUCCUGUGCUGCGUGGGCAUCCUCAGCGUGCUGCUCUUCACCCUCGCCAUCGCCUGGCAGUCUGUGCUCAGCAAGAGGAAACCCAGAGUGAGAAAAUAUUUGGUGAAAUGCCCUCAGAACAGCUCCGGGGAGACUGUCACCAGCGUGACCAGCUUGGCCCCCUUGCAGCCCAAGAAGGGCAAGAGGCGGAAGGAGAAGGCUGACGUCCCUCCCGAAGUCCCCGCCAAAGCGCCCACCGCCGCCACGCCCCACAAGCUAAAGCUGCUGAAACCACAAAGGAGAGACGCCCUGCCGCGGAUCGCCGAGGAAAACCUGACCUACGCCGAGCUGGAGCUGACCAAACCCCCGCGGGCGGCCAAGGGCGUUCCCGCCAGCACUGUCUACGCCCAGAUCCUCUUCCAGGAGAACACGCUGUAGCUCCUCCUCUUCCGUGGCCCUGUUUAAGCCUGCCGCCCAGUUAUUUAUGAACCUUGGAAGCGAAGUCCUAGUUUCUGUAUCUUCACGUGUGCCUUCUGUGAGGUGGGGAUCCCUCUCUUAGGGCGUUCCGGGUGCCUUUAGAGGUGGCGGGCUCCUCACCUCAAGAGUGGGGCCAUGGCCCGUGGACAAGUCUUCCGGGACAGUGUUUUCUGGGUGUCCAAGGAGAUGCUCUGCUGAGCCAAACCCCUUCCCGGUUUCAGCUUCUUCCUCUGGAUUUUAAUUCUUUUAAAUCUUAAUAUUAAUCUUCCAUUCUUCCUGUGUCUGUGAUACUAGAGGACAUGCCACUGUAGGCCAAGGCGUGAGCGGUAGAUAGAGACUGAUGGGUUUUCAGAAGAUCAGAUAGCGUUGCCAGGGCCCCCAGAGCAGAGCAAACGGCUUACUGCAAGCUGAACUCCAGAUACGCCACACGGCGCCCGUGUUGUAAACAGAUGCCCCGACCUGCGAUUUACGGGGAGACAGGCACGUGGUGGGGAAGUCUGAGGUCUAACGGACAACGAGCUGUCGCUGAAGCCCCCACCACAGACAAGCAGAGGCCCGGCUACGGCCCAGCCUUGCGGCAGCAUGGACCAGCCUCGCGCAGGAACGGGCAUCCUCCACGAAGGCCUUGCCCUUUUCCAGAGGCGCAGCGGCUGCAUCCGCCACCCUGAGGAAGCGGCCUCCGGACGUGGGCCGAGGCUGCCACUCUGACGGGAUGUCUGUGCCCUGGAGAGCAGGGUUGCCCGCCCCCAGGGUGGAGCUUCGCAGAGCAUGUCCAGGGAGGAGGGCGUGUGGUCCACAGUGCUCACAUGUCCAGGGAGAGUGGGAGCGCACGCUGCCGGGAGGGCAGUCCUCUACCGGGAAAGGGCCUUGCCCUCCAACUGUGCGUGCACUUCCUGGUGGGUUUGGGUGGGGGUCCGGCAGGAUCCUGUGGCGUAGACACUGCGGGGAAGUUGCCCAGGGCCUCGCUGAAGACGACUCAUUCUCGCGAGGGCCAUCCUGCCAACCGUGUGGUUAAGGACACGGCUUUCCGUGUGAGUGCGCUCUGGGUGGUUACUAUCGCCCACGACAGACAUUGUUUGGUUACAUAGGGACCAUGUACAUGUGAUAAAUUACAUACUUUAAACACAACCUUGCGUGUGAGCUGUGCCCCUGUGCAACCACGUGGAUUUCACUUGGUCAAGUAUCCUAUCCCCUAAUCGUUCAGACUCCUGUUUAUAUAACGG